CAUUCAUUUCAACACCAAAAAUAAUGGCAAUUCUUUCAGACUACACAGAAGGAGAUAAUCAAGCACAACAGUUAAAGCCUGUAGAAAAUACACAGGAAAAAGAAGAUGAAAAUCAAGAAAAAACUCAGAAAGAAUUAGACACUUCUUCUUGUUCUUUAGCUCCAAAAGAAGAAGAAGACGAAAACAAGAAAUUAAAGCCAAAUAAAUUUAAUGGGCUUGAUGUGGAGAAUUAUACAUGGGGACAAACUCUUCAAGAUGUUACUAUUAAUGUUUUUGUACCACCUGGUACAAAAUCAAGAUUCUUAGCUGUGGAUAUCAAGAACAAUUUCAUCAAAGUUGGUCUCAAGAAUCAACCACCAAUCGUUGAAGGUGAACUUCUGGAGCCUGUGAAAGCUGAUGAAUGUUUUUGGAGUUUAGAAGAUCAAAAACAAGUGACAAUUCUUAUGACAAAAAGAAAUCAAUCUGAUUGGUGGAAGAGUUUAUUCAAAGGUGGACCUGAAAUUGACACACAAAAAGCUGAGCCUGAGCCAAGUAGGCUAUCAGAAUUAGAUUUGGAGACAAGAUCAGCAGUGGAAAAAAUGAUGUUUGAUCAAAAACAAAAGACAUUGGGUAAACCAACUAGUGAUGAGAUUCAAAAUCAAGAUAUGGUUAAGAAAAUUAUGGAAGAAAAUCCUGAGAUUGCUAAGCAUUUUGCUAAUUCACCUGCUAAUGCCAAUGGUAAAGGAGGGAUGCCUAAUGUUAGGAUGAUGCCAAGUGGCGGCAUGCUCGGGAUGUGUUAAUUUUGCACGUGAACUUGAUGAGUCGAUCCACUUAUACGUCUUGCUUUACUGUUGUAUCGGGAGUUAGUCACGUAUUGUGUGACGUAAUCGAUUUGUUUCCGAUCUUUAGUUAAUCUUUUUCACGAUUCAAAAUAGAUAAUUUGAUGAGUGAGUUAUGUUUUUCCGAGUUUUAGUCGAUUUGCUUCUUUUCAGGCUCAUGGAAUUUGAAAUAUAUGUUCUCAACUGUUUAAACUCAA